AUGUCGCAAACUGUAGGCAAGACUCGCCUUGCCUAUUCUCGCACAUGGCACUACAUUGAUGUCGGAACUGACCCACGACCGCUGGGUCGAAUCGCCUCAUCCAUCGCAGUGUUUCUUAUGGGAAAGCACAAACCGAUAUGGGAUCCUUCGACCGAUUGCGGAGACUACGUGAUUGCGGCCGGAUGCCACGAUCUGCGCGUGACCGGCAAAAAACGCUUCCAGAAACAGUACUACACGCACACUACACGGCCAGGCAGCCUGAAGCAGAUGAGUAUGGAUAAGAUGUUUGAAAAAUGGGGCGGAGGCGAGGUUUUGAAGAAGGCCGUCCGGGGAAUGCUACCGAAGAACAGGCUGAGGGAUAAGAGGCUGGCACGGUUAAAAGUUUUCGAGGGCACUGCGCAUCCGUACAAGCAGAACAUCGUCAGAUUUGCAGGGAAGCCACACAUUCCAGGCCCGGUCACGGAGGCGAUUAAAGCAACGAAAACGAAGGCAAUUUCAUCGUGA